AUAGUACAAAAGUGCUUGUGAGUAUCGUAUCUAUCCAGUGUGUUUCUUCUUCUUCUCUUUCAAGGGUAGAUUUCUGAAGAAGAAGAAAACCCUUACAAAUCUAACUCCGAUUGAAAUUUGAAAGCGUUAAACCCUAAACCCCCAAAUUGAUUCAUUCCGCUCGUUGGUGUCAUGGCUUCUUCAUCGAGUAGCGGAUUGACGUUCAAGCUGCACCCUCUGGUGAUCGUGAACAUCUCCGACCACUACACCAGGGUCAAGUCUCAGAUGAACCCAACCCACGCGCCACCGCACACCACCACCAACAACAACAACGCCAACGGCGGCGACGGCGUCGUUUCGCCGCCGCUCCACCCGCGGGUCUAUGGUUGCGUCAUAGGGGUCCAGAAGGGUCGCACCGUUGAGAUCUUCAACAGCUUCGAACUCCUCUACGAUCCUUCCACCCACUCCCUCGAUCGCACCUUUCUCGAGAAGAAGCAAGAACUCUAUAAGAAGGUGUUCCCGCACUUCUACAUACUGGGCUGGUAUUCGACUGGGAGUGAUGCAGAGGAAUCAGAUAUGCAUAUUCACAAAGCUUUGAUGGAUAUCAAUGAAAGUCCAGUUUAUGUUCUUCUCAAUCCUUCUAUCAACCAUUCUCAGAAGGAUCUACCUGUCAGUAUUUUUGAAAGUGAACUGCAUGUCAUAGAUGGGAUUCCACAACUUAUCUUUGUUCGCUCAAGUUAUACUAUUGAGACUGUUGAAGCAGAACGGAUAUCAGUUGAUCAUGUUGCUCAUCUUAAGCCAUCUGAUGGUGGUUCAGCUGCUACACAAUUGGCUGCUCACCUUACUGGUACACACAGUGCCAUCAAAAUGCUUCAUAGCAGAAUAAAGGUGCUACACCACUAUCUUCUUGCAAUGCAAAAAGGUGAUGUUCCUUGUGAGAAUUCACUAUUAAGACAAGUGUCAAGUCUCCUGAGAAGAUUGCCUGCUAUUGAAUCUGGGAAAUUUCAAGAUGAUUUCUUGAUGGAGUACAAUGACACCGUAUUGAUUAGUUACCUGGCAAUGCUGACCAACUGUUCAAGCUCAAUGAAUGAGCUGGUGGACAAAUUUAAUAUCGCGUACGAUAGGCAUAGCAGAAGGGGUGGACGAACUGCUUUUAUGUGAGAGCUGCUUGGUUGCUCAUUUCUGGUGGACAUCCUCAACGCACUUUUCCAACUUUGUAGGCAUAGAUGUUUUUUUUAAACUCUUUUUGCUGGUUAGGCACAGAUUAUUGAAGCAUAGUAUUGCUUUGAUUUGAAGAGAAUAGGGAGAGGGAAAAAAAUGGAGAAAAAGGUAUUUGUUUUUUAUUUUCUAUAACAAGUCUGCGAUGUAGAGGGGACAAAAGAGUUCAAGGACAAGAUGUGAAGUUUCAUUGUGAUUCUUUGUUGAGUCACCAUCCUUCAUGUUCGUGCUUUGUGGCCUAAUUCUUUUGCAUGUCUUGGAGGAAUAGAACUUUUACUGGGUUAAGUGGAGUGUAUGGUAGAAAAAUAACAGUCACUGCAUUGAGUCGAUCUGUUGUUAUUUUUGUUAAACAAUUAUUCAUUUUGCUUUGCUUGUUAAAUGGAAAGUGAUUGACAUCGGUGACUCUUGAAAAA